AUGGUUCCAAGGUUGUCGCUCUCCCAGCAAACCCACCAGAACGACGAAAUCGAUGUUCAAGAUGGGUUUGGACCCUCAUACGCCAUUGCUACAUUUCGUGUCCGCAGCGACUUGGGCAACCAAGAGCCCUACAUGCGUGUCUACCUGCGAGUUCCCCACCAGGGAACUGAAUUCUUCCCAUCUAACGAGCGAGCUAAGCAGGCUGCUGCUGGUUGUCACCGCGAGGUCGAAGCUAUGAAUGCCUUCCAUGAACAAGGUUCGACUAUUACGCCUGGUCUGUUUACGAUCAUUGAGGAUAUCCAGGAUAAACACGGGAUUAUCCCGGGGGCUGCGUUAUCCAUUUUGUAUUCCAACGUGUCCCUGUACAAGCCCGAGCGAGAUCAUAUCCGAAUGGUGUUUGAUAAGGAGUACCGCAAGCUGAAUAAGCGGGGAUGGGUGCCCACCUUUCCUUGGGCAAUGAAUUUGAUCUCGGACUCAGAUGUCUCGAGAUUCAUCGGCGAUGAGGAUGUUGUUGAUUAUGGCGAUGAGGAAAAGAUGGUGCUAGAAGGAUGA